CUUACUUCAUGGGGUUCUCACACUCCAUUCGUGCUCGAUUUGUUGAGCUUCAUCAAAGAAUGGAAGAACUCAUGGUGCUGGGCCGCAGGGCGAUGGGACACGAUGGAGGGGGACCCCCUGGCACCUCUUACGGUCCCGAUGAAGUACUCAACACUUAGUGCUCUUCCUCGGUGCGAGCUGUCAUCCGAGGACUUUGAAACCAUCUGCAUCAUUUAUCAGCUGCCUCAAAAGAAGAGGUCUUACCAUAGGCUGAUCUGAAAGAACAUCCACUUUGUUACCCACGAUCUGAUGGCAUCCCAAGGUAACUGGACCGAAGUCUUUACUUUUUAUUCUGAACUCUCAACACUUGUACUAAUUUCUCAUUCGCUCUUUGCAGACAACUUUAAUAAGAAGAUGUCGGUGCGCCCCGACUUUAAGACUGUCCAGAAGAUGAUGGCAGAGGCACAGGCGUUGAAGGCCUUCUCCUCUUCCUACAAAAAGCAAAUGGAGGAUUUGGUGGAAACUAGUAAGAGGCUUCAGCCUUCGACGGAGGAGGAGGUACCGGAGGACCCGGAGGCUGACCUUUGGAGGAAGGGCAAGAAGAGUGCCGCCCCUCCAAAAUGCCCAACUGUGGCGAAGCCACUCUCUGCUCUGAGGCAAACCACAAUUCCCACCGUAGUGGCCAUUCAGGAAAAGAGGCUUGCCCCAAUUGAGUCUGCCACUGCCCCGGCCACAACACCCCUCGCUGCCAUGCCAAUUGAUCAAGUGCCGGGGCAGCAGAAGAGGAAGAGGCCCCAUCCCUCUAAGGAGGUCGACUUUCUGGGCACAAACCCGGAGGAGCCCGUAAGGGAAGUGUUGGAGGCUCUUCCUCCAGAAACAGCUACGGUGGCGGUGGUCCACUGCAAAUACUAGACCGAGGAGUGGAGGGACCACACCGUCUCCUACACAGCUGAGGAUUUGGUGGCUACAAAUAGCGCCUGCGUGGCUCGGGCCCUAAGUACAAGCAUUCAGCUUGAGGGCUUGAUGAAGGAUCUGAACUCCAAAAGGGAGGACCUCACUAAAUGCCUCGAGGAGGUGAUGCAUUACGGGGAUGCCGUGCGAGCAGCCCAAGCUAAGGCCACGCAGGCGGAGGAGGGGAAGAAGGAAGCUGAGGCCCAGCUAACUGCCGCCAAAGCAGAAGUGGAGCGGCUGAAGAAUGAGUUGUACGAGGUGGAGUGCCAAGUGGCUGCUGUGACUCGGUGGCUUGAUCACGCCAAUGAGUACCACAAGCUCAUCGUCGAGGCUUUGGAGGCCUCCAACAAAGAGAAGGCGAAGCUGAGGCAGAAGGCAGAGGCUCAGUCAGAGGAGAUUGCCUCUUUGAAGGAGGAGUUGAAGUCUGCUGGGGAGGUGGCAGUUCAGAACUUCAUCGACUUCUUUGAAGACCAUCCCCUGUAUGACGACUUCGCCAAUUUUUGGGCCUCAUGGAGUGCCCAAAGCUUAUUGGGUCGACUGAAGGAGGUGCACCCCACUUUGGAGAUCUCCUCAUUGGAGGCAAAGUUCGGGGGCCAACUGGAGGUCGGCCUGAUAGGCUCGUCGAGGAAGCUCCAGAGGCCCCAGAGGCGGCCGAUGUAGA